AUGGAUUUAGUCAGUCGUUCUAGUACAAAAUAUCAUCUUGCAAAUAUUAAUGAUGAUACUGUUUCAAAUAGAACAUCAAAUAAUGGAUUUCGUUUUAUGGAUAAGAAUGGUCGUAUAAAUAUAAUAUAUUCUUCAUUUGGACGUGUAAAACAUAUGCAUUCAAAUGCAAUUUUAUUUAUCAUGCAAUCUGACUGGUGGCUUGUAUUAACAUUUGUUUUAUUUGGUUUUAUACUAAGUUGGUUUUUUUUUGCCUUUCUUUAUUUUCUCAUUUCAAUUGAACAUGGAGAUUUUGUUUUAAAUGAAGAUGAACAAGCUUUAUUAGAUAAUCAAACAAAUUAUACACAACAAUAUUUGAAAAUAGAACGAGAAAAAUGUGUUAAAGAUGUACAUAAUUUUUUAAGUGCAUUACUUUUUUCGAUUGAAACUCAACAUACAAUUGGUUAUGGUUCGAGAUAUAUAACAACAGAAUGUAUGGGUGGUAUACUUGUAUUAACUCUUCAAUCAUCCCUUGGAUAUUUAUUACAAGUUAUUGUCACGCAAAUUGUUUUUACUAAAUUAUCACGACCUACAGAAAAAUCUCAAUUUAUUAUAUUCAGUAAUUAUGCACUUAUUGCAUCACGAGAUAAUCAAUUAACGUUAACAAUUCGAAUAGUUAACUUAUCUACUUCCCAAAUGAUAUUUGCUACUGUUCGUUUAUUAAUGAUUCGUCAACGACGAACACUUGAAGGUGAAAUAAUUCCUCAUCAAAUCUAUGAUAUGGAAUUAACACAUCUUUGUAAUGGUCAAUUAUUUUUUCUUCGACCAACUAUUGUUGAACAUAUUAUUAAUUCACGUAGUCCACUUUAUGGUAUACAACAAUCAACAUUAGAAAAAGAACAUUUUGAAAUUAUUGCUAUUAUUGAAGGUUCUUUUGAUCAUACAGGUUUUUCAUGUCAUUUUCGUACAUCUUAUUUACCUAAUGAACUUUUAUGGGGUUAUCAAUUUUCACCAUGUAAUCCUACAUUAAGUGGAUUUGAUUAUGAUAAAUUUAAUCGUAUACAAUUGAUUGAUGCUCCUCAUCGUUGGAGUUAUGAAGACGAAGAAUUGAACGAUACAAGAACAUCUGAUAUACCCAUUAGUUUGCCAUAUUUAUAUUAUACAAAUUUCAAUGAAAGAUUACAACGAGAAAAUUCAUUUGAUGAUACUCGUCCAUCUACUAAAGGAUAUAAUCGAUUAUCAGCAGUAGAAUCAAUAUCAAAUAAUAAUUUUAGACAUAUAACAACAAUAAAACCAAUAGAUAUUGAUGAAGAACUAGACGAAGUAGAAACAUUUUCAUAUAAAUCAAGUCAUUCAUCUGUAUAG